GACAUGAGUUCCGGAAAAACAGCAACAAUGAAAUAUUUCAUACGUAAUCUUGAUCAAAAACAUUAUAUUAAAAUGGCGUUGAAUUUAUCGGCUAGGACUUCGUCAUUAGAUGUUCAACAAAAUUUAGAAACAAAUUUAGAAAGACAUUCUAGAAAAUCAUAUGGCCCACCAAUUGGAAAACGAUUAGUUUAUUUUAUUGAUGAUUUAAAUUUGCCUCAAAUGGAUGAAUGUGGCACACAACAACCUAUUGCAUUAUUAAAAAGUAUAUUUGAUAAACAAGGAAUGUACGAUAGACAAAAAUGUUUUGAUUGGAAAGAACUUGUGGAUAUAUGUUUUUUCGCAGCUAUGAAUCAUAUAGGUGGUCGAAAUGAAUUAGAUGCACGUUUUUUAUCACUAUGUUCAGUUUUUUCGUUGCCGUUACCAUCUGAUGAUACAAUUCGAUAUAUUUUCAAUUCAAUUUUAUCUGGACAUACAAAAUCCUUUGAAGAGAACAUAAAAUCUGCAGUUCAUAAUAUAAUAAAUAUGACGGUAAAUUUAUACAAAUUGGUACUUAAAAAACUUCAUCAAACACCAGAAAAAUUAAUUUAUGUAUUCAAUUUGUGUCAUGUAAGUUUUAUCAUUAAUGGUAUGACUCGCAUAUUGCCUAACACAUUUACGACUACAGAAUCUUUUGUACGAGUUUGGAGGAACGAGUUCACUAGAGUGAUAUGUGACCGAUUAAUUUAUCAACAAGAUCGAGAAAUGAUUGAAUGUCAUCUUACUCAAGAAUUAAAAUCAUAUUUUCCUUUACACAUGGAAUAUGUUCUUAGAGAUCCUCUUUUGUUCGGUGACUGUAGGAAUGCUAUGAGUGCGAACAAGCAAAUACGAAUAUACGAAGACUUAAUAGAUUAUGAUUCUGUAUUUUAUUUAUUUCAAGAAAUACUUUUAGAAUUCAAAAAAUAUCAUGGUUUAUUAGAUAUGAUACUUUUCAAUGAUGCUUUAGAUCAUUUAAUAAGGAUUCAUCGUAUGCUAAGGAUGGAUAGAGGACAUGUUUUGUUGAUAGGUUCUAGUGGAAAUGGAAAAAAAUCGCUUUCUAAAUUAGCUGCAUUUACAUCUGGAUAUGAAAUAUUUAUAAAUAAUUCAUUUCAUUCGAAACAUAGUUUUAAAUUGAAUGAACAAAAGUUUAAACAGGAUUUGAAAGAUAUAUUUUUGAAUGUAGGAAUAAAAAAUCAGCCUACUGUUUUUAUUAUUGACAAAGUUGAUGUUAUUGAAGAAGGGAUUUUAGAAUUUAUCAAUAAUAUAUUAACGAAUGGGUUUGUACCUUCAUUAUACUUAGAUAAAAAAGAAAAUUUAGAAAUCGCUGAGCAUUUUAAAAAUGUAAAUAUUAAUAAAUCAAGUGAAAUCAAUACAAACAUUUGUUGGGAUAUGUUUUUAAAAAAUUGUCUAAACAAUCUUCAUAUUGUACUGUUAAUGUCACCGGGAAACAACCUAAGAUUGAUAUUUCAAAAUUACCCCGGUUUCGUGAAUAAAACUUAUGUUGACUGGAUCAAUAAAUGGCCCGUGGAGGCAUUAAAUGCUGUGGUGGAAAAAGUUUUGAUAAACGAUCAAAUUAUUUCAGAUAUUUACGUUAACAAUGUAAUAAAGCAAAUUGUUUAUAUGCAUAAAUCUGCAGAAGACUAUACGAAAACAUUUUUUAAGCAUACAUCUCGAAAAAUUUAUUUCACGUUGGAACACUUAGUAGACUGUAUUCAAAUGUAUAAGAAAUUAGUUAGAAAAAAAUCGAGUUUAUCAUUAAUUAAGUCUCAACAGAUCCAGAGUGGAUUAAAAAAAAUAGAUGAAAGUACUUUAGAACUUGAUAAGAUAAAUAAUACGUUACUUGAGCAAGACUUAUCUAUAAUACAUAAGAACGAAAUGUGUCAAGAUUUUAUGAAGCAAAUUAACGAUACUCGUAUACUUGUAGAAGAAAUAAAAUCUAUUGUGAAUAAUAUUACUGAAAAAUUAAAUUUAAAAAAUGAACAAAUUAUAAGCACAAAAAAUCAGAUGAAAGAGUUAGUUGAUAAAACAUUACCAAUUUUAAGUAAUACUAAAACUUUAUUGAAUGAAAUUAAUUCAGAUGAUUUAACAGAACUAAAAUCUCUGGAAACACCAUCUGAAUCAAUUAUGACUUUACUUGAAUGUGUAGCUAUUUUAAGAGGUCUUAAAGAUAUGAAUACAUGGAAAAGUUUAAGUGAUAUGAUUGAAGAUCCAAAUUUUCUAAAUAAUUUACAAGAAUUAGAUGCAAAUAAAAUUAACCAAAGACAUCAAACUCAAGUUCGAACAAAGUUAAAAUUUUUGAAAAAAACAAUUGAUAUUCAAACUAUGAGCAAAGUGGAAAUGAGCUUAUUAAAUAUUAUCGAAUCUAUUUUAAAAUACUGUCAUAUUUAUCAAGAUAUUAUACCAUUAAAAAAUAAAAUAAAUAAAUUUGAGAAAGAUUAUAUUAAUUCUACUUUAAAACUAAAAGAAUACGAAGAUAGUUUAGAAAAUACCCGAUGCACUAUAUCAAAUUUAGAAAAAUCAUUAGAUGACAUAUCUAAGGAAAAUAUUGAACUUAAAAAAGAAAAUUGUAAAUUGAAAAUUAAAUUUGAUUAUGCUGACAAGGUUAUAAAAGAACUAAAAUCUGUACACGAAAGAUGGAUUAUAGAUUUAGAAAAUCAAACCAUAAUAAAAAAUAAAAUAAUUGGUAAUUGUUUACUGAAUGCUUCAUUUUUAGUGUAUGCUGGUCCAUUUUCAUUAGAAUAUCGUGAAAAAAUAUUUUUUAACGACUGGUACAAUCAUAUUAAUGAUCUGGGAUUACCAAUUGACUUAAAUACUGACCUAGAAAAAGAAAUAAUGGACGAAAAAGUGAUAUACGAUUUGAUUUCAAAUGGGUUGCCUUGCGACAAAUACACAAUUCAAAAUGGAAUAUUGAUGACACAAUCUAAUAGAUUUCCUCUUUGUAUUGACCCACAUAAUCAAGGGUUUAAUUGGAUAAAAAACCAUGAAAAAAAUAACUCAUUAAAAAUACUUUCAUUUGCUGAUAACGAUUAUAUUGUGCAUUUAAAAAAUGCUUUGCAAUAUGGACAACCAGUAAUUUUUAUUGAUUUUGAAAACAUAAAUUUAGACAUAAAGGAUUUAUUAAAUAAAAAUAUACAAUCGGAGUCAUUUGAUUCUGAAUUUAUUGAGAUGGAUGAUAAAAAAUAUAAAUAUAAUAAAAACUUUAGAUUAUAUUUGGUAACUAAACAAACUAAUCCAAAGAUUACAACAUCCAUUUACUCCAACAUGACUGUAAUAAAUUGUUCUAUUACACAAGAAGGAUUAGAAGGUCAACUACUUAAUUUGUUGAUUAAACAUGAAAUAAAAGAACUAGAAGAUAAAAAAGAAUUAAUAGUAAAAAAUAUAUAUCAAAAUAAGGAAGCACUUGAAGCAUUUAAAAAUUCGUUUAUAAAAGAAAUCAUAAACUGCGCCGAACCUUUGAUUGAUAAUUCAGAUAUUUUAAAUAAACUUGAAGACAUAAAAUUAAAAACUAAUUUAUGUUCUACAGAAUUAAAAUCGUCUAUUAAAUCAAUGUCUUUAGUUAAUCAAUCUAGAGAUGUUUACAAAUCUGUAUCACAAAAAGGAACUUUAUUUUAUAAGUCUCUGUAUGGAUUAAAAGAAAUUAACUCUUUGUAUCAAUUUUCAAUACAGUCAUUCAUCAAAUUAUAUUUAAAUUCGAUUGAUUCAGCAAAAAAAGAUCAAAAUGUAAAAAACAGGAUAUCAAAUAUUAUCGUUCAACUCACAAAUGAUGUUUACGAAUUUACUAAUAUCAGUGUUUAUGAAAAGCACAACUUAUUAUUUUUAUUUCAAAUAGCGUGUACAUUAGAUAAAGAUGCAGGACGUUUGUUGAAUUCUGAAUUAAUGUUCUUCAUCAAAGGUAAAAUUGUAGGGUCUGAAAAUGUUACCAUAAAAAACCCAACAACAUGGUUAUCAAAUAAAUGUUGGCAAAAUGUUAUUAAUUUAAGCACAAGCUUUGAAAAUUUUUCGAAUUUAAUUGAACAUAUUUUUAGUAACAUCGUCAAAUGGAAAGAGUGGUUUUAUUCGGAAUAUCCAGAAUCUGAAAAUACAAUACCUAUCAAAAUUAACAAAUAUUUUGAAGUUUUAAUGCUUAUAAGAUGUUUUCGAACUGAUCGAGUAUAUCAAUCUGUUAAAAAUUACGUUUAUCAAAUAAUUGAAGUAAAUAAUGAGAGGUUUAUCAAUAACAAAAAUACAAACUUUGGAAAUAUACAUAAAAAAUUUUCAAAUUUAACUCCAUGUGUUCUAAUAUUAAAUAAUGGAUCUGAUCCGACGAAGGAUCUGACUAAUCUUGCAGCAAAAAACGAUAUAACUGGUCCAACGUACAAAGUUCUUUCAUUAGGAACUUUCAAUGAAAAUGUUAUUUAUUUAGCUUUGAAAUCUGCAAUGAACCGCGGAAAUUGGUUAAUUGUUCAAAACUGUAAUUUUUCUGUUCGUUUUCUAUACGAAAUUGAAUAUAUAUUAGAACAGUCAAACGCAAGUUGGCAUCCAAACUUUAGAUUAUGGCUUAUAUUUAAUGGAGAUUCAUUAUUGAGUGAUUCAUUUCCAAUAUCUCUUUUGCUCAGAUCAUUAAAAGUUAUCAUUGAACCUCCGAAUCAUAUGAAGAUAAGUAUGCAGAAAGCUUUAGAUAAAUACGAUUUUGACAAUCAAGAAGAUAAAAAUCAACAUCCUGCUAUCAAAUCAUUGCUAUAUGCAAUACUAUUUUUCCAUGGAAUAUUAUUGGAACGCAAAAAGUAUAAUCAAUUUGGAUGGAGUAUACCAUAUAAUUUUGAAUAUUCUGAUUAUGAUAUGUGUCAACUAAUGAUUACUAUCUUUUUGAAAAAAAGUAAAGCAAAUGAAAUACCAUGGAUUACAAUUAAAUAUCUAAUUGGUGAAAUCAUAUAUGGAGGAAAAGUAAUCGAUAGCUAUGAUCGCAAGAUUCUCUUAACAUAUGUGGAUGAAUAUUUUGGUGAUUUCAUUUAUAGUUCUUACCAACCGUUCAGCUUUUACAAUUGUAAAGAUUGUAAUAAGCCACUAAAAUACAUAGAGAUGGAAAGAAAAUUAUUUGAAAGUAAUAAACCCAGUCUAAUAGAAGUAGUUAAUGAAUUGCCAUUGUCUAUUAACCCGGAAGUUUGCGGAUUAAACUCGAAUGUUUUGUUUGGAUACCAUAAUAAUUUAGCUGAACUUUUGUGGACAGACAUGAUCAAGUUAUAUCCAAGUGUUAAUAUAAUUGAUGAUGAAAAUACUGAUUGGGAUAAAGUUGUACAAAAUACUACUGAAGACAUUUUAAAAUCAUUGCCUGAACUUUAUAAUAUUAAUAAAGUAAAAAUGUUUUACGGAGAUAAAUGUUUUGCUCCUAAUAUUAUAGUUUUACUUCACGAACUCGAGAAAAUUAAUGCGUUAUUAGACGUUAUGAAAAACACACUAUCACAACUCUCAGAGGUGUUUCUAGGGAAAGUGGAAAUGAAUUCGAUAUUAGAAGAAGUUUCGAUGUGUUUAUACGCCGGUCGCGUUCCAGGUUGCUGGAGCAAAUUAUCACCACCGACGGUAAAAUCAUUGUCAGGUUAUAUUGAACACCUUAUGAAACGUAUACUUCAAUAUUCGAAUUGGAGUCAAAUCAGACAACCAUUAGUCAUGUGGCUGUCAGGGUUGCAUUCACCGAAAUCAUUUCUUACAUCUUUGAUACAACUGGCAUGUAGAAAAUAUGAUUGGUCAAUUGAACACAGUAUGUUAUAUACAUCUGUUACGCAGUGGACUUAUGAAAGCGAAGUCCAACGAGAACCAGAUACCGGAUGUUACAUUACCGGAUUAUAUUUAGAAGGUGCACGUUGGGAUAUGGAUAAACAAUGUUUGUCAGAAUGUACUUUUCAUAAUACGUUUGAAAAGUUACCGAUUUUAGCUAUAAUUCCUAUUGAAACUCGCCUGCUAAAAUUACCAAGGAGUUCAAUUGCUAUACCUGUUUACGUUACUUCAAAACGAGGAAAUUCUAUGAACGAUAAUUGUGUGUUUCAAGCCAAUUUGAAUACACUGCUACACAAGAGCUUUUGGAUUUUACGAGGGAUUUGCAUUGUUAUGAAUACUGAUUAAUCAUUUAAUAUUAACAACACUAAUUUAUUUUUAUUCUAUUUUUAUUUAUUUGUAA